AUGCUUCGCGCGCUUGGCUACCCACGGAUUAUAUCAAUGGAAAAUUUUCGAAAACCCAAUUUUAAACUUGUUGUUGAGUUAUUGCAAUGGAUUAUUAAAAGGUUCAAUCCAAAUGCUACACUACCUGAGGCUUUGGACACCGAGCAGGAAAGAGUUAUUUUUAUAAAAGCUGCUGUUUUAUCGCUAUUGCAAAAUGCGAGGAUCAAGCUUAAUCCAAAAAAACUUUAUCAGGCUGAUGGGUUUGCUGUUCAAGAACUGAUCAUUCCUGUUCAGUUACUGUACAAUAGCCCGAAUGAGAAAGCUGUUGAAAAUGAUGCAGAUUUUUGGAAAGAACUUCGUUCUCGGUUGCAAAAUGUGCAGAACUGCCGACAAACCGCUGCCAGCAUUCCAACGAAAGGAGCAACAAUUUAUGAUUUGUUAACGAAAGAACUUUUGGCUAAGGAAGGCCGCUUGAAAGCCUUAUCAUUCGCGCUUAACUUUGCGGAUGUUGAGAAAUUGCUAAGGGAAGCAAUGAAGAUGAAAGAAGAGGAACUUUCCGGAGUGGAAAAAAAUGUUGCAAAUAUCAAUACGGAUGAGGCGGCGUUAGAUGAAAAGAUACUCCGAAGAAGGAACGAAUACGAUCAACAUCAGAAGAGGCUUGCUAAACUUCAGGCAUUUCGACCUCAACACAUGGAUGAGUAUGAAAAAUUUGAAGCAAGACUGAAGCAGUUAUAUGAAACCUAUGUAGUCAAAUUCAGAAAUCUCAGCUAUCUACAGUAUAUGCUGACUGAGGCAGCAAAGAACGAGCAACAGCGGAAUGCAGAAGUAGAACAAAAUAUCAGAAAUAUCAUUGAAAGGAAAAGAGCAGAAGAGUUGGCUAAAGCUAGAAACUUAAGGUCUGAAAUGGAAGCUGAAGGGGGCAAAACAAGGAACAGUAAAGGUCGCGUAUUUGGUAACAUAACAGGCGCGGGGAUUGUCGAUGAAGAUGAGGAUGAGGAUGACGACGAAGGCAUUCAGAAUUACGUUGAAAACUUGAACAAUGAUGACGGUUCAGACGAAGAUGCAGCUAUUGAGAAAGAAAUCGAAAAAGAGGCGAUUGCACUCAGGGAUGAUUCUACAGCCGAUACCUAUGAAACUAAUGGAGGUGACGAUGACAAACUUGAAACAAGCAGUAAUGAUGAUUUUUGA